CGCUGGAGGCCCGGGGUGGGCGGGAGGGUCCCGCGUGGAGGCCCCGGCAGAGCCACAGGUGGAAGCUCGCGCCGCCUGAGGCCACGCCCUUUUUGGCCUUUCCUUAGAUUGUAUCUUAACGCCGGGAAGCAGUAUUAGGUGUUAAUGUUUUUACUCCAUGAAGUGUAGAACGGCUCCUCAGGCAGUGGGGAGCCUUCUAAAGGCAGAUGGUGAAAGCUGGGGCUGGAAUAUGCCCCCGUUUCCAUUUACUAUGGUGGCUGCAGCCUCUGGUGGCCUUUCGUGUGCUGGUCAGUAAUUGCCGUGAAAAACAAAUUCACACAAGGUGCAUUGAAGGAAAUGAUGUCAGUCCACAGUGAAAGGAUGGAAAGAUUUACAUCUCAGGGUGGCUCUUCUCUGUACCUUUGCUCACGUCUGUGAGGGCGCUUCCGGCGGAGGACUGCGGAGGGGCUCGAUGGCUGUCAGGAGCGUCGGGCCGGCGGGCUGCUUGUGUGUGGACGGUGUGCAGUUUUCUCCUGCCACAGAGAUGGGAGAGGACAUUUGAGGUCGGCAGGCAUGGAGUGACCUUUGCUAGUAGGCCAAAUCUAAUGUUCAUUGUCUGUAUCUGCUGUUUUUUGAAAGGUUUUUAUGAGUUCCUGUACACUGCAGACGUAGCUCUUUGGGAAGGGUUGUGAAGCGCUUCACGCCCGUUAUUUUAUUUGGUUCUCUCAAAAUCUGCAGAGGAGACGUGCCCAGGCCCCGUUUGGAAGCAGAGGAGUGGGGUGACGGGUUCAGGAUCACAGCCUGGCCCUGCUUCCCCGGUGCGCCUGCUUCACUGCAGAUUCUCCGUGAGCAGUUCACACUGAGCUGUUCGGCCCGGACGCCGACAGGAGCUGCAGAGGUUUGCUGGCUCAUUUACAUGCGUGGGCAUCCUUUCCCAAAAGGGAAGUUUAUACGAUACAUUCAUUUAUCUCUGCCUCAGGUUCCCUAUCAGCAAACGAGGUUACAGCUUACCUGCCUCAUAGGCUUGUUGUGAGGAUUAAGCUUCAGUGGAAAAGCUGUUAGCUGGAUGCCCGGCACACAACACUCCUGCCUCUCGUCGCACCAGCGUCUCCUCUCCCCUGAGACGGUAACAGGUGUUUGUUACUGCUGCUUGCCCUUUCAGCAAAAUUUGAACCAUUUUGAUCCAUGGAAAUAUGUUCAAAAACACGUCUUAACCAAAAAGGCGAAGUCGUUUGUACGCAGCGAUUCUACUGAUGUAACAACGUGCGAGGACGUGGACAGGGCCCAGAGGGGAAGGUGGGGUGAUAAAGGCCCUCUGACGUUGUCGGAUGCAGUGACGAAUCUUUCUUCAUCCCCUCUCGCCCAGCUGCAGCACAGAAGGAGAUCAUUGUGUGCUCGCCACGUGGGGUCCCGUAAACCGGAGACGAGACAGCACGUGUGUGAUGGGGGUUGUGAGGACCAGAUGCGCAGACACCCCCUUUUUGCUGAGGCCUCCUCCCUCCCUCUCCACCUGCCACAUUCCUGGCGGCUUCCUCACUUCACUUCCACACGGCUCUUACCACCCUUUAACAGACUGUCUUCUUUGUCUUCUCCCACUGUAAUGGGAGGGAUUUCCUCCCUCUUGCAGGCUCCUGUAUCUUUAAGGACUUAGACUUCCUUGAUACAGAGGCAAGGUGCUCAAUAAAUGUUUGAACUAAUCAAAUUUCAUCUGGGGCAAGGGCAGAUGCCAACUUUUAUGGGGCCUGAGACU